AUGUCCUGGGCUGAGGAGACCGAAGGGGUGUACAUUGGAACGCAGAAGGUUCUCUUCACAACAAAACUCUUGCGCUGGGCUUCUUCCUCUGCAUCAGAGGACCCCAGGGAGCUAAGCCACUUAAUCUCAGCUGAGGUAGCAGGUAAAGUCACACAAUGUUGCUCCCUUGUGACCUGCCCAGAUUCCAUAGAAAAUAAUGUCACUGAAUUUAUCCUCAUGGGUCUUUCCCAAAAUAAGGAAGUACAGCAACUAUGCUUCUUUUUGUUCCUACUCUUUCAUAUGAUCCUCAUGACUGGAAAUUUUUUCAUUAUAAUAACUAUUCAAAGGAGCUCAAAUCUCAACUCUCCAAUGUACUUUUUCCUUAGCUUCCUAUCGUUUGUUGACAUCUGCUAUUCCUCUGUUACAGCCCCCAAGCUGAUUAUUGACUUUCAAGCCAAGGUCAAGAGAAUCUCUUUUGAUGGUUGUAUGGUCCAGCUCUUUUUGGUCCAUCUGCUUGGCUGCACGGAGAUCUUUAUCCUCACAGUGACGGCCUAUGACAGGUACAUGGCCAUCUGUAAGCCUCUACGCUAUUUGACCAUCAUGGACCGGAAAUUCUGCUCCAUAUUGGUGGUGUUGUGUUGGUUAGGAGGCUUUGUGCAUACUUUUAUCCAGACCGUGGUCCCUGUACAACUCCCUUUCUGUGGCCCCAACCUGAUCGACCACUACUUCUGUGAUGUCCGCCCUUUACUGAAGCUGGCUUGCACAGACACAUAUGUGGUGGGGCUUAUUGCAGUGGCCAACAAUGGCAUGAUUUCACUGAGCUCCUUUGUCAUUCUUGUGGGCUCUUACAUGGUCUUCUUGUUUUCCUUCAAGUCUCGAUCAUCAGAGGGGAGACACAAGGCUCUGUCCACAUGCGCUUCCCACUACCUGAGACCUUCCACCACUUUUCCUGAGGACAAGAUGGUGGUUGUAUUUUAUACUGUCAUCACACCCAUGUUGAAUCCUCUGAUCUAGAGCCUGAGAAACACGGAGGUGAAAAACGCGAUGAAGAGACUGUGGAUCAAGAGGUUGUUGGGCAGAAAUAGGAGAGAUCCUGGGAUUGAUACAGCCUCCGUUGUACCAGUUUCCAAAAGGGCUACUGGGAAUCAGUCAGUCAUUAGCCCUUAA